AUGAGCGCAACAGUAUGCGAUGACGUCACCAAACUUGCAGCUUAUCUUCAUAUUGCUGCUAACGAAGGACAACGGAUAGCUGUGACACCACGAACUGUGCAGUCAAUAGUUCCGACACCAGUACUGGAGUAUCCAUCGCAGUCAGCCGAUUCAUGGGCGACGAGAAUCAAUCGUCAACUACGGUCCAUGAACCCUAACACAACGGCAACACAAGCAAGGGCUGCUUUCUUAGAGAUACUGUCCACUUGGCCACUCUUUGGCAGUACAAUAUUCCGGCUAGACGCUGCAUCACUCGACGGACGAGCUCUUCCACCGGUAGAGCUGGCGGUGGGCAAGACAGGUGUAAAACUCCUUGAGCCUCGAAGUCGUGACGUAAUGGAACAAUGGCCCUAUGAUAAGAUAGUCUCCGCUGUAACCGGGAGUCGCGAUACUAUUGUCGAGAUGGUUGUAGGAACUCCCUCGUCAAACCGUACCUACGAGUUCCGAACAAGCGAGAGUCUCAAGCCAUCAACUCGACUCGGUGGACGUAACCCUUCAUUGUCAACGAAAAUCGUGCAUUAA